AUCGAGGUGCGUGCGCCUCUCGCUUCCCGCAUCUUACGAACAUACUCUGCAUCUGUAAUGUCACCCACCCGGGUUUCGUAAAUCUCGUCAACUACGAUGAGACUUGAGAGCUUGCGUUCCAUUUUCUCUUUCUCCUUUUAGAAGCAUCUGGAAAUUCGAUCAACCUCUCUCUCUAUAUAAGCAUCUUCAUUUGAAAUUUCCAGGAAGAAGCGAAGGAGAAGCGAAGGUUUAUAUUCGAUCUCUCAGGCGGAAGUUGUUCAUUGUCGUGUUAAAUCUCUCUAUUGGGUCGGCGACUGCAUCUCUGCAGAUCGGAAGUUCGUUUUUCUUUAGAAAUUCGUUUUGAUUUACAGUUUCUGAAACGGGAUUUCUGUUUUGCUAUCAAUAGUCUCUAAAAUUUCCUAAGUUUUAGGUAAUUGGAAAACUAAACUGUAUAUUUAGAGUUUUUGUAGUACGAAGCUUGAGAUUCUGGAAGUUAUGUGUUGGCUUGUAAGGUUUUGCAGAGAAAUUUCAUAAGAGUAUGGGUUCCCUUAUAUUUUUUGUGUAAAUUUAUAUUAAGUAAAACCUAAAAUCUAGUAUGCUCCAAUUUUAUUUAUUCCAGUACCUAAAAUAUUAAUUUAUUAGAUCUUAAGAAUUUAAGGCUUUGAGCAUUAUUCUGUGAAUCUGCUAAACAGGAACAAAUAGGACAUGACAAUGGGAAUACAUUGUUGUCACUUUUUCUUUCUUCCUUUUUGCUUUUCAAAGAAUCCUUUUUUUUUUUUUUAAUAUAUAAUUAGGGGUAAAAGGAUGUGGCUGAUUAGCAGUGGGGAUGGGGUUUGUUUUGGAUAAAGUACAGCUUUUCUUUAUGUAAUGUUGAUUAGCUUGUUCCCUUGCAUGCUUUCUGUUUAUAAUCAAUUCUAUUGUUGUUUUGUGAAUGUUUCUACUUCUUGUUUGAGUGAAAUUGUCGUGUCCGUUUGUGAUAGCCACUGCUCUGUGUUAUGUAUUGUGAACUUUUGGAUGAGUCUAUUAAGCGCUUAAACUUUUAUGCAUUUGAUAGAAAACAAGUUUGAUAACUCAUAGUUUAAUAGAGUUCUGGAAUGUAUACUCCUGGGGUCUAUGCCUUAUUAUAUUGUUCAGCAAAGUGGAAAGAGUUGGAUGCUUUGGGUAGAAUCUGCUCCGCUAGAAUACAGACUUUCCCUUUAGUAGGGGUGACGAUGUUUGAACUUAUCCUUCGGGCAUGGGAAAUGUACUAUAAUAUCCUUGUGCCAGUUGCACCUUGAAGAUAAUAAACAAUUAGUGAUCAGGGCUUCUCGAUAGAAUAUUAGUUUUUAUGUUUCGACAUUCGGUUGACAUCCACGCUCCUUUUCUCUUUGUGAUAAAAUUAAAUCAUAGAACCCUGAAAGAAUGAAAUAGCUCUCUAGAACUCUCUUGGAAAUCAAAGUGCUUGAGGAAAUGUUGCCUUUAAUUUAGCUGUUAUAAUUUGUGAUUUAAUAUCUGUGAUUUCUGUCUUUAUGAUGAAUGUCUUGAAUGAAUGACGGAUAAUUAAUUGUGGAAAAACACCAUCUUCGUUGAAACUAUUGCAGCCUAAAUUAAUCAUCAAAGAACCUCAGAAAGCCAGAGAAAAGAAACAGGAAAGAGAAAGAAGAAGACAUGGGAGUAGAGACUUUAUUAUGGGAAUUAUCUAUUAACUAGGUCAGUCUGAGUUGAGCCACACUUGGAAGGUUUAGAAACGAUAAUUUGAACUGGAGACUGAUAAAGAAAGCAUCUUGGGAACCCAUUCCCAACAAAGUUCAUAAAUCGUGAUUUUUGUUAUGGUGCUUUUAUUCUUUCUCAAUUCUGAUAUCUUGAGAGAACAGAGUAUUAUGACCCAGCAAAGAGAGAUGAGGAAAGCAUUAAAAGGCAGCCAGCGCAAAAAUGGAUCUUUGAUUAGUUUCACUAAAACUUGACAGUGACUUCUUACUUCAAAGAGAACAAGAAUUUUGAAUCUGAUUCUGAUAUAAAUGAAUGAGGCAGGAAGCUUAUAUAUACCUUCCUCCUUCAUUUUCUAACAGUCUUCUUUUACUUUAAAGUUGAACUGUGGUGCAGAGUACAGUAACUUUUCAUGCAGGAUUAUCUAUCACAAGUUGCAGGUGUUCUGAUUCUCAAGGUUUCUGAUUCGACUAGGGCUAGUUUUGUAACUUACCUGAACUUACAAAUUUUAUGACUUUGUUGCAAUAUUCCGUGUCAGUAAAUGAGUGAAAAGUAACCAACUAACUCUGAAGUAGAAUGUUCUUAUAGGAGAGAGGUACCCCUUGUGAAUGAAUGAUAAUGGAAGUUUAAUUUACCAGAAAAGACUGUGUGCAGUACUGCAACGUGAGGUAGGCUCGUCCUGCAUGAGCAAUUGGAUCAAAUUGAUUCUCCCAAUGAUUGCACUUAUUUUCUCCCCUGUUACUUCUUUUUUGGUUCCAUGUGGGCCCUUGAUUUCAUUAUGUAUUGCUUUUACCAGUGGCUCAGGUAAAUCUGUUGCUGGAGCACAAUUUUUCUCAGUAUGGUUUCUGGACUUCUUCGAGCAAUCAAGUGAUCAUGAAUUACUAGUUGCUAUUCACUGCUGAAGGCUCUGGAGAUCCUGGCUCUGAACUAUAUUUAUUAUAUGGGGUUAUUAUAGCUCUGCAUGUUCUGAUGAAUCUUCUGUUGGAGUCGCUGACUGGAGCUUUGCAACGUUAUUUGGAUUGUGUUCUUUCUGAUUUCAAUUGGUCUGCAGCAGUAUAUGCGAAAGCAACAAUAUCUUGCAGUGUUUGGUGUGUUAAGUUUGUUGCCACCUUCAUGCAUUCCCGCUGUCAUCAAAAAACUCUGCAUCUGAUGGAGGAAUAUUUGGUCAAACAUUCUACAUCUCUUGAACUUGAUGGGCUGGAAACAAUUAAAGAUAAUGAACACAUGGAACCAGCUGCAUCUGAUGCAUGUUCUGAGCAGUCCAAUGGAGGGUGCAUUCUCGAAGAAGAGGCAAGAGAUAAUUUAAACAACAAUGUGACAGAAAAAGGAUUAAUGGAAUAUGGAUGUUCACAUUAUCAGCGGAGGUGUCGCAUCAGAGCGCCAUGCUGCAAUGAGAUUUUUUAUUGUCGCCAUUGCCAUAAUGAGUCAAAGAAUAAUAUAAAGGUUGAAAGGGCUCACAGACAUGACCUCCCUCGACAUCAAGUACGGCAGGUCAUUUGUUCACUUUGUGGCACUGAACAAGAGGUCCAGCAAUUUUGUAUCAAUUGUGGAGUUUGCAUUGGGAAAUACUUCUGUGAGAUUUGCAAGUUGUUCGAUGAUGAUAUGUCAAAGAAACAGUUUCACUGCCAUGGUUGUGGGAUUUGCAGAAUCGGUGGGCGUGAAAAUUUCUUCCACUGCUAUAAAUGUGGUUGCUGUUACUCAGUUCUGCUAAAGAACAGUCACCCAUGUGUGGAACGAGCGAUGGAUCAUGAUUGCCCUGUUUGUUUUGAGUAUCUAUUUGAGUCCACAAAUGAUGUGAUUGCCUUACCUUGUGGACAUACUAUUCAUGAAGACUGUUUUAAGGAAAUGCAGCAGCAGUUGCAAUAUGCUUGCCCUCUAUGCUCCAAGUCAGUAUGUGAUAUGUCCAAAGUGUGGGAAAAGUUUGACAUGGAGAUUGCAGCUACACCUAUGCCUGAAUCCUACAACAACAAAAUGGUUUGGAUCCUGUGCAACGACUGUGGAGCUACUACACAAGUGCAGUUCCAUGUUGUGGCUCAGAAAUGCCUCAAUUGCAAGUCCUACAACACCCGGCAGACUAGAGAAACCAAAGCAGCAACAUCCUCAAUGCAGUGAUAACAUACUUGUGACCAAACAGAAUGCAUGUGGAAUCUGGUUCAUUCUAGUUCUGUUGAUGAGAGCCCUCUCUCUAGUUACCUAUUGAGUGACAUCCAUAAGGGAAGGGAACAGAGGAACUGCAACCCAUCAUUCUACAUUCUGUAGCCUUCUUUUUUCUCUUGUAUUUUAUUCUCCAUUGGGAAAUUGUAGAAGCUGCCAUCAUGCCUUUGGUGGUUCAGAUGGUCUGUUCUUUUAGUUCUAUGGUAUUAUAAUUUUCAAAACCAGAAUUUCUGAAUGCCAUGAUGUUGGGGUGCCGACAAAGAACAUAAGAUACGAGAACUGUGGAAUGGUGACUUCAUCUUGCUUCGUAUCAGGAUGAGAGGAUUCGGAGCCACUCUAAUGAUGGAGCUUGAGUCCUCUGAAUCACUACCAUAUAUGUACAGCAUCAUGGGCACACCACAACAGGAGAUCAAAGUGGUUCCUGUACAAUGGAUGGGACAUUGGCUUCAAGCCAGCAUGCGAGCCUGCGAUGUUAAGGGCUUGGAGAAACAGCAGCGGUUCUUUGGGUGACGGAUGAUUUCUGUUGGUGGAUGGUGUCGAGUCUAACCUCCAAUGUGACUGCAGAAAAGAUGAUGCAUGGUUAUAAAGUGGUUCCUGUCGAAAAGAGGAUAUCCUUGACUUUAUACUAGCCUUUGAUACAAAAGACUCAGAAACAGUAGUUGCAAGUUGCAAGUUGCAAGUUGCAAGUUGCAUGUGACAAUGAAGAGUUAUUUCAUGAACAGGAAAAAGGAUUUUGUUGCUGGAUGAGGUGCAGUCUUAUCUCCAAUGUAACUUCCAGUUUUCUUUCUGAAUGAUAAAGGUUGGGGUUCUCAUUUCUCUUA